AUGCCUUGCCGGUGCGUUUUCUGCAAUAUCGCCGCCACAUACCCACCGGCCCCCUUCCAUGAACCCCCGUCCCAUGCCGCAGAUGCGGACUCAAAUUCCGGGGCACCAACUCAACCAACAGCUCAUAUGAUCUUGUCUACCAAACACGUUAUGGCCUUUUUGGACAUUAUGCCUCUCACUGCGGGGCAUGUUCUUGUAGCUCCGAGGCUUCAUUACGAGAAGUUGGGGGAUAUGGAAGUGAAGGUUGGAAAGGAGAUGGGCGUAUGGCUUCCAAUUAUCUCGAGGGUUGUGACAAAAACUAUAUUCGGUGAGGAUCCAGAUAGACAUUGGAAUGUCGUGCAGAAUAAUGGCGCCCGGGCUGCACAAGUAGUGCCUCAUGUCCACUUCCAUAUCAUUCCCCGGCCUUCGACCGACGGUGUCCACAAGCCUGGAUUCGCUAUGUUUGGCCGUGGACAGCGCUCGGAGCUUGACGAUGAUGAGGGCGAGGAAUUAGCCCGUGCUAUGAGAGCCGAGUUGGCACGGGAGAUUGAACGCAUCCAUAGAGAAGAGGGCGUCGAUCUCUCAACUGACCACAUCAAACGGGGUAAGCUGUGA